AUGGCUCGCGCUCGCCGCUACAAACCAGAACUUCAGCCAGAUUCCGCUUUUCUGUUUGGACCUAAGUUGGACACGGAUGGCUUUGUUUAUGUGGGGUCCGGCGAGGACGCCGAUCCUUUCAUUUUUGGGGUGACGUCUCUCGCACUUAUCGAUAGCUGCCUACGGUUCUGCCACUCGGGUGAUUUUGCGCAGUUCCAUGCGGACGCCACGUUUAAGGUUAGCGACUUGGGCUAUCUAGUGAUAACUUGCGGCUUCACGGACCGAGGGCAUUCAUACCAAGUUGGUGUUUUUUUCGUGGUGAGUCGGCGCACGGAGCAUGAAUACACCGAGUGCUUGCGCAGUUUUGCUGACGUCGUCCGGCAUGUUCGAGGAGCAACACUUCGUAUCGAUGCAACCAUGAGCGAUGCUGAGGAUGCUCAAUUCUUGGCUCUCGAGAACGUGCCCAGUUUUGCAAAUGCUACGAAGCUGAUGUGUUAUUUUCACGUUAUGUACAAUGUACGUAAACGCACACAGCACCUGCCCUUUGAUGAAAGGAGAAAUGUGAUGAACUCGAUUGUCGACAUGCAUUUUACGCAAAGCUUGUUGGAGUUCGAGCCUACACGAGAUCGAGAAAUAGCUAAUUGGCGCAAGCAGACACAUCUCGUUGAAUUCGCGGACUACUUCGAGCAGCAGUGGCUAACAGGCCGCUAUUGGCGAUGUCAACUGUACCACAAUCCUGAGGGCUACGCAUUAACCAACAAUCCCUGCGAGAACCUAAAUGGAGGACUAAAGCAUUUUCUGCAGCGCCGUAAGCAUCAUAUGUGUCGAUUACUCGAAAAAAUC